GUCAUUUUUUUAUAUUUAAAACCCUAAUUAAUCGAAAAUCUCAAUUUUAAAAACAUUUUCUCCUAAUGAAUUUUACGUAAUUAUUCGUAAGUUUUAAUAAAUUAAAUUUUAAUAUAAAUAUCAAACACGAAACGAUAUCGAGAGGGUGGCCCUUAAUAGUUCCCCCUUUUGAGUUCUUUUGACGGUUAAUCCAACAAUUUGCUUACAUUUCCCCAUUCUUGUUUUCUCCGUUCACUGCUUCCUUUAUAUAUCGAACUUUAUCUUCUUUAACAAUCCCAUAAAAUCCAUCAAAUUUUUCUCUGUAAUCAUGGCUGCAUCAGCCUCUUCUUUUACUGCUAACAGUUUUUCGCAGCCCAUCAACUCCACCAGAUCCAUUGACAACAACAACAAGAAGACCCUUUUGGGAAAUCAGCUUAAAGAUAGCUCCUUUUUUCUUGGAUCAGCUAAGAAACUCUAUAUGAAGAAACCCUUUUCGUCUCAGAACUCGAAAAGCAGAUCUAUUGGUGUUUAUGCUGUUUCUGAGGUUGCUAAGAACAAGAAGCUCAAAACAGACUCACCACUCUCCAAUCUGUUAAUUACCAAGGAUGAAGGGUUGGAGUUGUAUGAAGAUAUGGUUCUUGGAAGAGCGUUCGAGGACAUGUGUGCCCAAAUGUAUUACAGGGGGAAAAUGUUUGGUUUUGUGCAUUUGUACAACGGCCAAGAGGCAGUCUCUACUGGGUUCAUUAAGCUACUGAAGAAGGAGGAUUCUGUGGUUAGCACUUAUCGUGAUCACGUCCAUGCAUUGAGCAAAGGGGUUCCAGCACGUCAAGUGAUGAGCGAGCUCUUUGGGAAGACCACUGGCUGUUGCAGAGGCCAGGGUGGCUCCAUGCACAUGUUCUCUAAAGAGCACAACGUUCUUGGUGGUUUCGCUUUCAUUGGUGAGGGUAUCCCUGUGGCAACAGGUGCCGCCUUCACUAGCAAGUAUAGAAGGGAGGUCAUGAAAGAGGCAGAUUGUGAUCAUGUAACUAUGGCCUUCUUUGGUGAUGGAACUUGCAACAAUGGCCAGUUCUUUGAGUGUUUGAACAUGGCUGCUCUUUGGAAAUUGCCCAUUAUAUUUGUUGUUGAGAACAAUCUGUGGGCAAUUGGGAUGUCUCACUUGAGAUCUACUUCAGAUCCUGAAAUUUGGAAGAAAGGUCCCGCCUUCGGGAUGCCUGGGGUUCAUGUUGAUGGCAUGGAUGUGUUGAAGGUGAGGGAGGUAGCAAAGGAAGCUGUUGCCAGAGCUAGGAGGGGCGAUGGUCCCACUCUGGUUGAGUGUGAGACUUACCGGUUUAGAGGACACUCUUUGGCUGAUCCAGAUGAGCUUCGUGACCCUGCUGAAAAGAACCAUUAUGCUGCACGAGAUCCUAUCAGUGCCUUGAAGAAGUAUAUGUUUGAGAACAAUCUGGCAAGUGAAGCAGAGUUGAAGGCCAUUGAUAAGAAGAUUGAUGAACUGGUUGAAGAAGCUGUCGAAUUUGCGGAUGAAAGCCCUCAUCCUGUUCGUAGCCAGCUGCUCGAGAACGUGUUUGCUGAUCCAAAGGGCUUUGGCAUUGGGCCUGACGGAAGGUACAGAUGUGAAGAUCCCAAGUUCACCGAAGGCACUGCUCAUGUCUAGGUCUCAAGGCACAUUCAGUAAUCAAUAAUAUCAGGUUCUAAGUUACUGAAUUAGUGAUUGCCAAUUAUACUUCUAUAUAAAGGUCUGGAAGUCCUCCUUAUUAGGAAGUUUGGUACAAAGGUACUUUAUUAUUUCAAUUUUAGUUCAAAAUUUUGUUGUUAUUAGUUUCACAUUGUUUUCAAGUUGUACUAUAUUAUGAACAACAAAAUCUAUUUCAAACACACAAUCUCUUAUUUGGAAAAACCAAGUUGUAUGGUUA